GGAUUGCACCUCUGUCACACUCUGGUCUCUCUCUCUUCUCUCUCUCUCUCUCUCUCUCUCUCUCUCUCAAAAUAGUUGUGGCCUCCUCUCUGGACUCUCUUUCUCUCCCUCUCUCUCCCCCCUUCCCUCCAUCUUUCACUUAUCUCCUCCGCAAAAACACAACUAAUACUUAUACCCCUUUCAUCACUUCAUUGUACAUACAUAAUAUACAUACACACAUUCUCUUAGGUCUUGUGACUACUAGUACUUUUUUUUCAUUUUUUUUUGAUUUGUCGGCUGCAGAAAUGCUCUACUAUCUCCUGCACUUUCCAGCUCAUCUGGGUUUCAAGUAGCAUCCUCCUUCUACAUCAUUUCAGGAGCUUGAAGCAUCAAUGGGGCUUCUUGUUCCGAGCCUCGAGAUGCUUUCCCUGUUGUUGCUAUGCUGCUUUUUUAGUUUGCCAAGACUCAGAGCUCAGUCUUCUGCUCAGGAGGCUCUAGAUGUACUUAUCCAAGAUUAUGCAUAUCGAGCCUUUGUUCGUCCAAGAACUGGGAUACCGUUUGAUGGAAUCCCUCCUUCGAAUUUGUCCGGGGUUCAUAUUUCUGCAAUGAGGCUUAGGAGUGGUAGUUUAAGGACUAGAGGUGUUGAGGGGUUUAAAGAGUUUACGAUUUAUCCUGGGGUUAUUGAGCAGCCCUAUGUUGAGAGGCUUGUUUUGGUCUAUCAAAAUUUGGGUAAUUGGUCUGCCAGGUAUUAUCCUUUACCAGGUUAUGUUUAUUUGGCUCCAGUUUUGGGUCUUCUUGCCUACGAUGCUUCAAACUUGUCAGCUAAACAUUUGACAGAGUUGGAUAUUUUGGCAUCUGGCCAACCGAUAUCUGUAGAGUUUUCAGAUGUGAAAUCAGCACCACCUGGGUCACUUCCUAAGUGUGUUUGGUUUGAUUUGCAUGGUGUUGUCAACUUUAGCAAUGUGGUUUCAGGAAAUAGAUGUUCUACGGUCCGACAGGGGCAUUUCUCUAUUGUUGUCAAGUCCACUGCCCCUCCCCCUGCACCAGUAUCUCCUAAACCAUCUACCACGCCUCCAGGACCUAAACAUAAAGAUAAGGAGAAAAAGAAGGACUCCAGUGUUUGGAUAAUAGUUGGCUCAGUGGUUGGUGGACUCUUGCUUUUGUCUUUGUUGGGAAUACUGAUACUAUGGUUGCGGAGGUAUCAACAGAAAAAGAGAAUGCAAAAAAUGGAAAAGGCAGCAGAGGUUGGCGAAGCAUUGCAUAUGGCAACAGUUGGAAGUACUAAAGCACCAGCAGCAAUGGUGACACGGACACAACCGACCCUUGAGACUGAAUACAUGCCCUGAUUUCUUCCGUUUGUAUUGUACAACCUGACCCCUCUCUUCUACCAUUCAUAUUCAUCUUCGAUUAAUGCAAUUAGGUAUUCUUCUGAUCUCACCUCUUUUUGUGGUGGUAGUGUGGGUAACAUAAUCUGUAAUUUUCAGGGAUAAAAGACACUCAAUUCUUUCAUGAUUCAUAGUGUGGUGUGCAUUUAGGCUGUAGUGCAAGUGUAAUUCAGUUUGUGAUUAAUUUGCUGUCCCUUUGACAAAAAAUAAUGUUCGCCAGGAGUCCUUUCUAUAUUUGUUAAUAGGAUGGUGACCAUCUAAUAAAGCUUUGAUAUGUUGAUGCA